AGAAAUCCUGCGUCGAAUCCUCUCAUGAUGCAAUAAGUUCAGCCAGCCUGGUUCUGAUAUAAGGGACGUCCUCAUUAUUCCAUGCAGUAUUGUAGCAUCUUUAGUUGGGGGUGGGUUAGAGAUUAAAGGCCUUGGGACCCGCCCAGUGUAGCAGUGUAUGCAGUUUAUGAGUCACUUUAAAUUGUAUAAGUUGGUGUCUAGAGCUUGGAUGGCAGAGAGGCACGAUUCCCAAUUAUCAUCACUUAUCGUGACACCAAGAUCUUCCUCCCAAGCCUCGUUUAGAGUGAAAUUUACUGUUCAUUUAUUUUUCUUGAGCCACUCCUCUCAUUCUUAAAAUAUGAGCAGUGAAUGAAACCCUCACAUUCAAACACAAAGGAGCUGCUCUACCAGAUUCCAGACGAGUAAGUCUUAAGUACGACUCUGUGUAUGUGCGUGAGUGGAAGGUGCUAUUGUCCGCGAAUACGCACUGAGGUACACAUGUGGCAUUAUUCUACCUGAUGUUAAAUAAUGAGCUGUCUUAGGAAACUCACAAACCAAAUACAGACAUUAAACAAUCAGUCAUUAAAGCAGAAUACUGACAGGAACGCCUGCGACGAAGAUCAGCAGGAGGGGGUGAGGGGGAUCCCUCUCUCCAGGAAGUUGUGUUAUGCUGUGGGUGGGGUCCCGUAUCAGAUCACCACAGUGUCCAUCGGCAUCUCCCUGCAGAUUUUCCUAUUGGAUGUUGUGCAGAUUGAGGCCUUCUAUGUGUCCCUGAUUUUAUUCGUGAGUCGGGCCUGGGACGCUGUGACCGACCCUCUGCUCGGAUAUGUGGUGAGCCGCAGUAACUGGACGCCCGUCGGCAAACUCACGCCAUGGCUGGUGAUUUCCACCCCAUUUGCUCUGCUGUCCUAUCUGCUGCUGUGGUUUGUGCCGCGAGGCUCCAUGUCUGAGGCCGCCAGCGUGCCGUGGUUCCUCGUGGCUGCCUGCCUGUUUGAGACCCUCAUGAGCUGCUACAACGUCCCCUACCUCUCACUCAACAUGUUCCUGGGGGGAGAUCAGAGAGACAGAGACUCUGCCACCGCCUACAGGAUGAGCGUGGAGAUGGUGGCGAUGCUGCUGGCUUCAGUGAUUCAGGGACAGGUCGUGGCUGUGUACAACACAGAGAAGCAGGAGUCCUGCCAGCAGCUGGACCAGGCCCAUGAAACAGCGCAAAGCACGUCUUCACCACUCGCCGCUUCCCUUCAGGAAACGCAAAAGGCUUUCCUGACCUCGGCUCUGGUGAUUGGUGCUUUGUUUUUCCUCUGCAGCCUGGUCCUGUUCCUCGGCGUGAAGGAGCAGCGGGCCCCUAUGUGCUCCGAUGACAGUGUGCGACCCUCUUAUGUGGCCUCGCUAAAGAUGCUGAUUUGCCACACUCCCUACCAGCGGCUGGUGCUCGGCUUCGUGUUCAGCACACUUGCUUUUCAGAUGUCCCUGGGUAAUUUCGCGCUGUUCUGCAGUCAUGCAGCUGGACUGGGAGCCAAGUUUCAGCACCUCCUGCUGGCUCUACUGGUUUCUGCAUCAAUAUCAGUCCCUCUCUGGCAAAUAGUCCUUUUGAGAAUUGGAAAAAAAACAACAGUGUUCAUCGGACUGUCUCUCUACAUCCCAGCUGCUGUCGUAGUUGCCUGUGUUCCCAGUAACUUUCCUGUCUUUAUGACUAUGUGCGUUCUGAUGGGAUUCAGCGUGGCGACCGUGUUCUUGCUACCCUGGUCAAUGCUCCCAGAUGUAGUGGAUGACUUUGCCAUGAAACAUCCCUCCUGUAAAGACCUGGAGCCUGUGUUUUUUUCUGGCUAUGCCUUCUGCAGUAAGCUGGCAGGGGGACUCUCUGUUGGAGUCUCAACCAUGACACUGCAGCUUGUGGGCUACAAAGCAGGAGCGUGUAGCCAUGGUGAUGGAGUGGUGACGGCUCUGAUUGUGCUGUUCUCACCAGUUCCCAUCGCACUUCUGCUGAUUGGGAUGGUAUUUUUUCACUCCUACCCGAUCAACGAGAGGCAGAGCUCGCAGCUCCGGGACAAAAUCCAGUAAAAGCCAUUUCUGUGCUAAUUUUUCUCUGAGGAGAUUCACCAUUUGUUCCAGACACGCCAUCUUUAAAGGAGCUAUAAUGGAGAACAGUGUCAUCUUAAGCCACAUAAGCACUUUUACACAGCGAAAGCUAAAAUCCCACAACACAACAGUCACAGUUACCUGUUUGUUUGUGCUCAUAGUGAUUGAUUUAACUGCAAAUAUCUGACAAACAUUUGCAUAUUCUCUGGGAGUGGGUAGAAAGCCACAUAAAGCUAACAAGCUAAAGAUAUAUCAGUCUUGUAUUCGUAGAGUAUAUAAACCUGCUACUUUCUAAAGCUCUGAAACAUUCUUUAUGUUUAAAUUGUUACCAUUGCUGCUGCACUACUUAGAUCUUAGUUUAGAGGCCAGAAACAGGAAACAGUUAGCCUGACUUUACUAGCAUCUCUGAA